ACGAAACGUUGUAGUCAAGGAGUAGUAACGUAAUCGAACUUGUGUUUGGUUGCCAUGUUAAUGUGCCCUCCGAAACACCUGGCAAUUGCAGUUGUCCUUGACUUUUCAAGGUGUUAGCUUAUAGAGAAAAUAAUUUACCCAGUUAACAUAUUUCAAUGUAACAAUGAAAGGUGUUUUAGUUAAUACAGUAAAUAAGAAACUCUUGUUUUUACAUAUAGCAGAUGUCUUACGUAAAGAAACACAACCCUCCGAUUAGGCAAUAUCAUUAUAUUUACUGUGUACUUAACCAAUUAUGGUUCUAUGUUCCACACUGUAUUUGUGAAAAGUGGAGUCACCCAACAGUGUGAAACCCUAGAAAUUUGGGCCUUUUGACACAUGCCAUUUUGGAACAUAGCCAGUGUAUAUUUGCAUCCUUUUUUUGCAUGAAGUGAAACCCCACAGUAAUGAAAUUGCUAUCCUAGAUCUCCCUCCCUUCCCAUUUCCUUAUGUAAAGGAAAAUUUUAUAAGUGAAAGGCAAGGGGACUUGUGUGGCCAGUAUAGUUUUGUUACUAACUGAUAGCAGUUGUUUCUUUCCGGCUGUUUCUCCAUAUAUGUAAAUGUAUUCACCACCUAGUGAAGCAAGCCUGACACAGUCAUGUACACUUCAAAGACAGGAGAAACGACUGCAAAAGGAGCUUGUAUCCCUGAUAAAGGAACCACCACCUGGUGUUGUAAUAGAUGGAGAAUCCGUAGGACAAAGCCUAGACUUACUGGUGUUGAGUAUUAAUGGAGCUCAAGGAACUAUUUACGAGGGAGAACAAUUUCAGUUACAGUUCCGUUUCGGACCAAAAUACCCUUUUGAUUCACCUGAGGUUGUUUUUGUCGGAACAGAAAUUCCUGUUCAUCCUCACGUCUACAGCAACGGUCACAUCUGCCUCAGUAUACUGACCGAUGACUGGUCACCAGCUCUUUCCAUUUUCUCGGUUUGUGUGUCCAUUAUUUCAAUGCUCAGCUCUUGCAAAGAAAAGAAGAGACCACCAGAUGACAGUAUGUACGUGAAAACGUGCAGCAAGAACCCCAAAAAAACCAAAUGGUGGUACCAUGAUGAAGAAGUAUGAAAAAGAAGGAAACAGUUUUUCUUUACUCGUGUGUGCGACUCUGUGACAACAUUGUCGCAAUGCAAAAACGUGCGUCAGAUAUUCUAGUCGCCCAAAAAGUGGAGGAUUUUGUUUGGUUAUUUUUUGUUUUUUGUUUUUUUUUCAAGCGAUUUCACCUUCCAGCAUCUGCGUUAUUGCGUUGGAAACACUUAAGGAUCCAUUUCAUUCGUUGAUUCUUUGUUUCGUUUCUUAAUUAUGUUUGAUCCCCCCCCCCCGUACGAAUGGUUCUUUUUGCAGUUCUAUUGAUACUCCCUCCAAUGUCACCUAAUAGCAAUAUUACCGCAUUAGACUUCGA